AAUGGGUAUCUCUGUAUUUAACGCAUCCAUUGCUGCUACUUCUUUUUUUCAUGGCUUCUUCUUAGACCUUCAUAAACUUAAACAAAACAAGAACGUUUCUUGAGAUUUCUUCGAGUUUUGGUUAAAUCUCAAGAUGGGCACUUUGUAUGCAUUUCUUAGGUUAUUUCUUUGGGUUCUUUUCUUAAUUUUUAAUGGAAAAGCUGAAGAAACUGUUAAAGGAAAUGUUUUUAUUGAUGGAAGAGUUGCCAUCGGAAGUACUGAUGAUGAUUUCAUAUGUGCUACUUUGGAUUGGUGGCCUCCUGAGAAAUGUGAUUACGGAACUUGUAGUUGGGGUCUCGCCUCUCUUCUUAAUCUGGACCUUGACAACCCAAUUUUGUUAAAUGCUGUCAAAGCCUUUUCACCGUUGAAGCUUAGACUGGGAGGUACUUUACAAGAUAAGGUCUUGUAUGAUGUCGGAGACCCUCGACCGCCCUGUAACCGAUUUGUUAAAAACACCUCUGAUGAUUCUAUACUAUUUGGAUAUACUGAUGGGUGCUUACCCAUGCCUAGAUGGGAUGAGCUAAACAAUUUCUUCCAAAAGGCUGGGGCGUCGAUUAUUUUUGGGUUGAAUGCACUCAAUGGAAGGAAUAUGACUCGCGAUCAUUCUGCAGUAGGGCCUUGGGAUUUCAAAAAUGCUGCUGCUCUUAUUCGUUACACAGUCAACAAGAAAUACGCCAUCUAUGGCUGGGAACUUGGUAAUGAACUGAGUGGAAAUGGAAUUGGAGCAAGGGUUACUGCAGCACAGUAUGCCUCUGAUGUGAUUGCCCUAAAUACUAUCGUGCAAGAUAUUUACAGUGGUUCCAAAGAUAAACCACUGGUGAUUGCACCAGGUGGAUUCUUUGACGCGAAGUGGUACAAAGAACUUGUUGAUAAAACACCAAAUUCUCUAAAUGCAGUGACACACCACAUAUACAAUCUCGGUCCAGGUGUUGAUGACCACUUAGUCGGCAAGAUUCUCGAUCCAAAAUAUCUUGAUGGUGCAGCCGAUACAUUUAAGAGCUUGAAGAACAUCCUGAAGAAUUCUGCAACUUCAGCUACUGCUUGGGUUGGUGAAGCAGGAGGAGCUUAUAACAGUGGCCAUAAUCUAGUCACAAAUGCAUUUGUGUUUAGCUUCUGGUACUUGGAUCAGCUUGGCAUGUCAGCAGUUUAUGAUACUAAAACUUAUUGUAGACAAACUUUGGUCGGCGGAAACUAUGGCCUUCUUAAUACUACUACAUUCAUACCAAAUCCUGAUUACUACAGUGCUCUUCUAUGGCAUAGAUUAAUGGGAAGAAAUGUCUUACAGACCAACUUCACAGGAACAAACAAAAUUCGAGCAUAUGCACAUUGUGCUAAACAAUCUAAAGGAAUUACAUUGCUAUUGAUAAAUCUCAGUGGUAACUCUACGGCAGAAGUUCAUAUGACGACUAAAACAAUUAUCUCUAGAAAGAAACAUCAUUUGAAAUUGAAAUCUCACCACCGGUCUUCAGGAUCAAGGCACGCGAAGAUUGUCCGAACCUCGAAAAUAUCUGAAAAUACAAGAGAAGAGUACCACUUAACAGCUAAAGACAGGGAUUUACACAGCCAAAUAAUGUUUCUAAAUGGGGAGCCUUUGGCUGUAAAUUCUGAAGGGGAGAUUCCUCUCUUAGAACCCAUACACGUAAACUCAACAGAGCCAAUAAUUGUGGCUCCAUAUUCAAUUGUAUUUGCUCAUGUUCCCAUGAUUCAUUUUCCCGCUUGUAAGUUGUAAGUACAAACGGAACCAAGAAUUGGUUCUGUUUCAUUGUUUAAUUCAAGUAAGAGAAAAAAAAUGGAAAAAAAGCAAAAAUUUCAAGGGUUUCUCUCUCCAAA